GACCAUUCAACUGAUAACCAUUAUUUCCUGGCUACACAAACCUAUUACUUCAUACAUAUUCCAAAACCACCCAAGCCAGCUUGCCAAAAUAGCGCGAAAUUUUGAAUUUUCAGAUUUCCACUAUAUUUCCAGAUAUUUAAUCAAUCAAUUUUUAAGUGAACUUCCCACCAUGCACCAAAAAAUUCAAUGGAAAAAUCGCGUUGGCUUACGAAAUGACAAAGCUUCCACAAACACAGGGAGUUCUUAAUUUCAUUCAGAAAUAUCUUUACAAUUCUACAAACUACAAUUUUGAAGAUGGGAGCACUCAAGCUAUUAAUGUACCAUAUCCAGAUUCAGGUGUCUAUGAAAAUUACAUACUUCAUUAUCCAGAUGCUACGAGCACUGAACUUUUGGACAUAAAUAUUGAUCAAUUAUACAGUGAAGUUAUGGUUCUGACUGACCCAAAGAUUGAGAGAGCAUAUGAAUAUAUUCUUGAGGAACGCGAUCCAGGAACUUCAUCCACUAAUAUCCUGGUCACCGUCGGCGUUGAUGAUAUAGCUGCAUUUGAUGGAAGUGCAUCCAGUUAUAUGCAUCAACUUCAACAAAAAUACAAUUUCCGUUCGAUCGUGGUCUCGAUUGGACCAAAUCCAAAUUACCUGGAAGUUUUGGCUGAGAGCCCAGAUUGGUAUUUCACUGCAACUGAUUCUAACGGAAAAUGGGUUGCUGAACAGAUUUCAAGAAUUAUUUGUCAUUUGUAAGCAUAAUUCUGAAAUAACUAAAAUAAAUAAUGUUUUAUUCCAAU